UGUGGUAGUGCCGUGAACGGACGUCCGGACAGGAGAGUGUUGAACACGGUCGCGGCCAGCGGCUCCAGCAUCACAAUGCCCACCCCGACGAGAAUUUUGCGGCGGCCUGGUGGCGAGAGAUGAGCACGACGACGAGCACGCACGCGAAACCGCGCGGACGCACCUGACGGAACAGGACCUGGCGAGCGUUAGGCAGACUGGCUGCGACAUGCGUAGCCUGCAGAAAAUCGCGCAGCGGCAAGAGCAGUUCGGCAGUGCCCGAGGCGCGCACGCGUGCGUGUUUGUGUGACCAUGACGGUCCUGGCUCGGAGAUCAUCACGUCCUCGACGCGCUCUUUCCCAUCCUCGAGGCCACUAACGCUAGCACAAACAUGGCAUUGCCCAUCCCCCCGCACGACCUCCUCGUCGUCCCCGUCGCCCAUCCCGAGCGCACCGCGCUCCGCCAACAGUGCUACGACGUCCGCAUUGCCGUCUUUCACUGCGAGCAGGGCUUCCCGCUCGACACCGAGAUCGAUGACCUCGACGACGCGGCGACGCACAUCCUCUUGCGGCUCGUGCCCUCGCACGAACCAGUCGGUACCAUCCGCUGCACGAAGCACGACGGGUACUACAAGCUCAGCCGCCUCGCCGUCCUCAAAGACUACCGCCAAUUCCGCUUCGGCCGGGCUCUGGUUCUCGCCCUGCACGACUACGCAAAGAAGGACGCGAAGCACACCCCCGGCGACCUUCCAUUCGUCACGAUCAAGGCCCACUCCCAGAUCCCUGUCAAGGGCUUCUACGCGAGAUUUGGAUACGAGUCCCAGGGUGAUGAGUUCGAUGAGGACGGAGCUCCGCAUCAGUUGAUGGUCGCUCGCUUGCCGAUAUCCGAUGCAGACAGUUAGGGGGAAACACUCGUGCAUUGGUCGUAAAGGUCGUAAGCGUAUGUACAUGGGAGCGGAGUGAAGAGCUAGCAAUACAGCAUAUAGGAGAGGGGAGUGGUAUACAGCGAUACAACACUUGUGCGAAGUCCGUGUGGGUGUAACGUCAUAAAUGGUGCAACUAAAGGCAUAUGAGGUCGAAACGUGCAUGCUCUAAGGACGUACUCCCGCUCCGCUGCAACUCUGCAAGAAGGUAUAUUGGAGGGUCACUCACAAAUGUGGACCCUCCUCCCAAAUACAAGCAUGAACUGGAGAUGUGAGAAGAAAAUCAUCAUGGAAAGUCUGUUACAAGAAUCAAGCAGCGAUGCCAAAC